UACUAAUCUUUGCUUCCUGGUUCUCCUUGCUGUCAGAGUUGUAUCACGGUUCUCCCGGCGUUAUCAUCAAUUGAACAUAGAAAAUCAGAACAGCAUCAAUGGCGUUCCGGAAGGCCUUGAAAGGGACAGCUAUCAUCGGGACUGGGGCGGCCGCUGCUCUUCUGGGCAUAUCACAACUGUCGGAAUACAGAAAGACACAGAAUAAAUGGGCACGGCUGGCGUACGUAGCGGCGGAGGGGGAGUUAAAGCAGCCCUUUAAAGAUGAGCUCCCAACCAGACAGGCUCAGCUCUCCACCCUGCAAGACACUGAGGAGUUUGACGUCCUUGUCGUAGGGGGAGGGGCCACGGGCUCCGGAUGUGCCUUAGACGCUGUCACACGCAACCUCAAGACUGCCCUGGUGGAGAGGAAUGAUUUCUCAUCGGGGACCAGCAGCCGGAGCACCAAGCUCAUCCACGGGGGAGUACGAUACCUCCAAAAGGCCAUCAUGAAGUUAGAUUACGAACAGUACAUGAUGGUGAAAGAGGCUCUCCACGAGCGCUCCAACCUGCUAAACAUCGCCCCUCAUCUGUCUGCCCCACUACCCAUCAUGCUCCCUGUUUACAAAUGGUGGCAGCUGCCAUACUACUGGGCUGGUAUAAAGAUGUACGACCUGGUAGCUGGAGGCCAGUGUCUGAAGAGCAGUUAUGUCCUCAGUAAGAACAAGGCUCUGGAACUCUUCCCCAUGCUGAAGAAAGACAAGCUGGUGGGAGCCAUCGUCUACUAUGAUGGACAGCAUAACGAUGCUCGUAUGAACCUGGCGAUCGCCCUGACAGCAGCCAGACAUGGUGCUGCCAUCGCUAACUACACAGAGGUGGUCCACCUGCUGAAGAAAACAGACGCAGGGACGGGCAAGGAGAAGGUCUGUGGGGCGCGCUGCAGGGACGUUAUCACAGGAAAUGAAUUUGACGUCAAAGCCAAAUGUGUUAUUAACGCCACGGGACCAUUCACUGACUCUCUGAGGAAGAUGGACGACGGGAAAAACACUAACAUCUGCCAGCCCAGUGCUGGGGUUCACAUAGUUAUCCCUGGUUAUUACAGUCCUGACAACAUGGGUCUCCUGGACCCGGCAACCAGCGACGGCCGUGUCAUCUUCUUCCUGCCCUGGGAGAAGAUGACCAUAGCCGGGACGACGGACACGCCCACUGACAUCACCGCCCACCCCAUCCCCAGGGAGGAAGACAUCAACUUCAUCCUGAACGAAGUCCGCAACUACCUCAGCCCUGAUGUAGAGGUGAGGAGAGGAGACGUCCUGGCAGCGUGGAGUGGGAUCCGUCCUCUGGUCACUGACCCCAACUCUAAAGACACCCAGUCCAUCUGCAGGAACCACAUAGUCAACGUCAGCGACAGCGGCCUGGUCACCAUUGCAGGUGGGAAGUGGACAACGUACCGCUCCAUGGCAGAGGAGACCCUGGACGCCGCGGUUGCAGCCCACAGGCUGGGGGGCGGGCCCAGUAAGACAGUGGGCCUGGUGCUGGAGGGGGGCCAAGACUGGAGCCCCACCUUGUACAUCCGACUGGUGCAGGACUACGGCCUGGAGAAUGAGGUUGCCCAGCACCUGGCGGCAACGUACGGGGGGAAAGCAUUCGACGUGGCCAAGAUGGCGCGGGUCACUGGGAAGAGGUGGCCCAUCGUAGGGAAUAGACUGGUCUCUGAAUUCCCUUACAUUGAGAGUGAGGUGAGGUAUGCUGUUAAGGAAUAUGCCUGUACGGCCAUCGAUGUGAUCGCCAGGCGCACACGGCUGGGUUUCCUCAACGUGCAGGCUGCUGAUGAGGCUCUGCCACGCAUCGUAGACAUCAUGGGCAAGAUGCUGGACUGGAGCGACAAAAAGAGGACGGAGGAGCUGGAAGCUGCUAAGAAGUUCCUGUACCUUGAGAUGGGCUACAGGUCCCGUUCUGAGCAGCUGACCGGGACCACAGAGAUCACCCUGGACACACAGGAAGUGGCAAAGUACACAAACCGGUUCCACAAGUUUGACAAAGACAGUAAAGGCUUCAUCACCACAGUGGACGUUCAGAGGGUCUUACAGAACAUCAGUGUCCAGAUUGAUGAGAACGCUCUCCAUGAAAUCCUCAACGAAGUGGACCUCAACAAGAAUGGACAGGUGGAGCUGAACGAGUUUUUACAGCUGAUGAGUGCUGUGAAGAAGGGCCAGGUUUCUGACAGCAGGUUGGCCAUCCUGAUGAAGACCGCUGAGGAGAGCCUGGAUCUGAGGGGACCUGUGACUGUGGACCGCAGUGGAGGAGGGGUGUGAGGGGAACCCAUCCGCACCACCGUGCCACCACACCGCACCACCACACCGUACCACCACACCGUACCACCACACUGCACCACCAUACUGUACCACCACACCGUACCACCACACCGUACCACCACACCGUACCACCACACUAACCAGAGCUGUGGUGCUAAGAAUGACGAUGAUGAAAUGGAUGAUAUUGUAAAGAACAAGAGUACAAACUAGAUUUUUAUCCUAAAUAGAUCUAGGUAAGUAUGUGUCAAUGCUGAGUGUUUUAUUGUGAAGUUGAGGCUAGAUUGGGGCGGCAGGUAGCCUAGUGGAGCGUUGGGCCAGUAACCGGACGGUCAGUGUGUCCUUGAACAAGGCGCUUAACCCUAAUGGCUCCUGUAAGUCGCUCUGGAUAAGACAGUCUGCUAAAUGACUAAAAUAUAAAAUGUAGUUUGAUGUUAGACAUUUUUUAUAGUAAUUCUUUGUAUUGAUAUUUUCAUGGAGGGAGACAGGGACUAUCUGGACAGUUUUCCAUCACACUGGAUUCUCACUACUACAAAGUCAAUGGGUUUGACAAUCAGUGCCUCUGACAUAAAGCUGUAACUCACAGUUCAUACUGUCUUUAUAAUCUUAUCAAUGCUUCGCAAUAUAGUUUAUUGUUAUAUUAUUCA